GCUUGGUUUGCAAACCCAUUAAUGAUGUACUGGUGUGCUUGUCCGAGCUGCUUAUGGUUUGUAAGAGGAUUCACAGCAAAGCCAAUGUCUCAGAGAGAGCUAGAGAAGAUAUCAAACACAGUGUCUAUCAGAAUCUUCUUUGGACAUUCUGACGUUUUAGUCUCUUCUCAUACCUGAUACAGAUUUACCUUCCCCUCCUCCGGAGCCUCCCGCUGCUUGCACGAGGCCAUGAGAUAAAACGUGACCUCUCCUUGGCUCCUUUCAAACGUCCUGCCGUCUACUCCCCGCAGAAUCUGCUUGUUUGUCUUCCGUCAAUUUUGUUUGGGACGCAUGAGAGACUGUUGGGUGGACUCUAGUGUUUAGCUCAACCAAGAUGACAGUGGUUUCUUGUCUUCCCUGGAUGACGAUAGCAGCCAAUUUCUUCUCCUUUUGAGAGCGACGAGCCUCAGUCGUGCCAGAGAAAGAAGACAACUAUACUAUGUAUGAUUUCUCUUUCAGAUUAAGCUCCACAAACCUGCUUGUUAAGCUCAGAGCCCCUCGGCUUCCGUCAUUGUCACUGACCUGACCAGUGAAGGUUUCUCGAUUUCUAGCUUCAUGAUAGAAGGAGAUCCUCCCUCUCACUGGGCUCGAAAACAUGGCGUGGAGAAAGCAGCGCUUGCUCUGAGGUGAUAGUACUUGGUGGCCUUUGCUGGUGUGCUAGGCGGAGAUCAGGUGAUGUGUAGAGCAAUGGACGUAGGUACCAUCCAUGAAGCGUUGUCGCCGAAGCACCUCAGGAAGCAGCUCGCUGCCACAGUUAGGGAGAUCCAGUGGAGCUAUGCAAUCUUUUGGUCUCCCUCCACGGGUCAACCAGGUGUCUUGGCGUGGUCCGACGGGUACUACAAUGGUGAUAUAAAGACGAGGAAGAUGACGCAGCCAAUGGAACUUAAAGCCGAUCAAAUGGGCCUUCAGAGGAGUAAGCAACUGAGAGAAUUGUAUGGAUCGCUUUCUGCGGGAGAUAACAAUCAGCAGACCAGAAGGCCUUCUGCUUCACUGUCUCCUGAAGAUUUAACUGAUGCAGAGUGGUAUUACUUGGUUUGCAUGACCUUCACAUUCACUCCUGGACAAGGAUUGCCCGGUAAAGCCUUCGCGACCAAUCAGCACAUCUGGUUGAACAACGCUCAAUUCGCGGAUAGCAAGAUCUUUUCGCGCUCUCUUCUAGCAAAGAGUGCAUCUAUUCAGACUCUGGUUUGCAUCCCCUUCGCCGGCGGCGUAUUGGAGCUCGGAACAACCGAAAAGGUUUUGGAGGAUCCUGCUCUCAUCAAGCAAAUCUCAAGUUUCUUCCGGGAGAUGCCGAAUCCGGUUGGCUCCGAGAAAUCGGCAUCCAGUCCGCAAAUGACUGAGAACGAUGAAGACAUCCUGUGCCCCAGUCUCGAUAAUGAUGUGGACAGUUCUAUGGCUUUGGAAGAGCAUGAUCUGAUGAGUGGUCGUCAAGCGGCAACGGAGACCGAUCCAACGCAUCUUCCGUUUGGUCUUGGUUCAUAUGCUGCAGCUGCUGAACACGCACAACCGGUCCAAGACAAGGUUGAGGAACCAGAAAUAGUUUCUCCUGAUGACAGUUCGAAUGUGUACUGCCUCAAUCAGCCGCGCGAAGAUUCAUUCGGGACCGAUGGAUUGACCGGCAUAUCUCGGACUCAGAAUCCAUGGCUUGGAGCUUUGAACUCCAAUGAGUGCCUCCCGAUGCCAUGUGUCGGUGCCCAAAGAGUUGUCACUUCCGCGAAGAAGGAAAUCGUAAGCAAUCAGAUGCUUGAUGGCAUAGAAGAGGGCAACUGCAGCAAGCAUAAUUCGCUGGAACUCGACGGCGACGGCUCGCGUUAUGCCAAGACGGUAGCAGUCAUCUUAAGGAACUCGAAGCCAGUUUUGUUCUUCCUGACAAUUUCUCGUGAAUCCAGUUUUGUUGUCUGGAGAAGAGGUUUGAGCACUCCAAAGCCAUUCACUGGCACGCCUCAGACUCUGCUGAAGAAGAUUUUGAUGGAUAGAAGAUGGUUGCACGGCGGUCACAUGGAGAAAGCUUGGAGACCAGAAGGAGAGUCUGGUGGAAGCUAUUUAUUGUCCGAGAUGAGAAGGGAGAAGCUGAACGAGAAGUUUGUGGUUCUGAGAUCAUUGAUUCCUUCUAUCAGCAAGGUCGACAAGGCAUCCAUCCUCGACGACGCCACACGGUAUCUGAAGCAGCUGGAGAGACGAGUGCAGGAGCUCGAAUCCUGCCGGGAGACAGCAGAGCUCAGCGGCAGAGACAGAAGGAAGCAGCAUCCUGACGUAUCAGAGAGAACAUCGGACAACUACAUCCACAGGGAGAUCACCGACGGCAGGAAGGCGUCGGCCAACAAGAGGAAAGCACGCGACAUGGACGAAGCAGAGGCCGAGCACGAGCACCACUGCGUCGAAGUCAGUGUGACGAUGAAGGAGAAGGAGGUGGUGGUGAAGAUGCACUGCCCAUGGCGGGAGUACCUGCUGCCGGAGAUCGUGGAGUCCAUGAGCAACCUCCAUCUGGAUCCUCUGUCGGUGCAGUCGUCCACCGUCGACGGCAUGCUUGCGAUGACGGUGAAAUCCAAGCUCCGAAGCACCACCGUGGCAUCUCCGGUGAUGAUUAAGCGAUCGCUUCAAAGAGUGAUCGGCAAAUGCCUCUAAUGCUUUCGGUUGGUUGGUGACGACUCUCCAUUGGCGGCUACCGUACGAUGCGGACUUCAGGUGCCCGCUUUGAGCCAUGGCAACAUUAGCAAUGGGAACUGAAACCUGUAGUUUGAGUAAAAGCAUGAAUCGAUGUGCCUUUUGUAGCAGACCAAUUAAGAUUUUAGAACUCACAAUUAGCUCUGCAUA